AUGGGUGUGGAGGAGGCGGAGGCGGUCUACUUGGCCGCCUGCUGGGGGGCGGAGGAGGCCUACGUGGCCACCAGCUUUGGGGUCGGGGAGGACCUGUCGUCUUCCGCUGACCCGGCUGCUGACGCCGUGGAUGCGGCUUUGUCCGUGGGCGAGUUCGGCGGCUCCACUGGCACACCACUGGAUCGUCAGCUGCUGAUCCUUCGGGCGCAGGAGGCCGACGUGAGUGUGUCUGACAACGACUACGCCAAGUGGAUGUCGAACAUGAAGGUCACGCCGUCAAUCAUCAGCAAGAUGAGCCCUGAGAACCAAGAGAGGUUUCGGGAGGCGGAUGCGGCAGAGGUCGAGAAACUCGAGCAGCACGAGACGUACAUUUGGCGCAAGAGACGUGAGGUCCCCAGAAGCUCACAGAUCUUCCACAUCUUGGCUGUGAGAACGACCAAGGCCGACGGGCGGCCGAAGACACGGCUUGUCAUCAACGGCAGCCAAGACGAGCGACAGCACGAGACGCUCUAUGCUCCCACCAGCCGCACCGCCACGGUCAAGCUGCUCAUCGCUAUGGGCCUCGCCAAGGGCCACGACACAGAGCAGGCCGACGUCGAAAGCGCCUUCCUGCAUGCCUCUAUGCCCGAGGAGCAGCAGCCCGUCUUCGCUUACCCGACGGACGAGAUCCUCGCCCGCCACCCAGACAAGAAGAAGUACGAGGACAUCCUCAACGACCACUUCGUUGAUGUCCUCAAGCGAGAGGGCUUCAGCCAGUCAGCGGUGGACAAGGGGCUGUUUUAUCACGAAGCCAGAGACCUGUACAUCAACCUGUACGUCGAUGACGCGCUGCUGAUGGGGCCGCCGGAGGGCAGGGAGUGGCUCAAGGAGCUGCUGGCGAGCCAGUUCAAGAUGAAGUGGCUGGGCCGUCCACGGCUGUUCGUCGGUAUGGAAAUCGAGUACACCACCAACGGCGUCAUCAUCCAUUAGACCAGCUACGCUAACAAGAUCGUCGAGGCCUUCCUGCCCCCCAACAGCCGGCCCGUCACCACGCCGAUCGCCCCCGGCAUACACAUCGGCACCGAGCCGCUUCCUUCGGACGAGGAGUGGGAGCACUCACCCCUCCGCAAACUGCCCUACCGGCAGGUUGUUGGAUCCGUCCUCUACCUGGCCACCGGCACACGGCCUGACCUCCUCUACCCAGUGAAGGAGCUGGCCAAGUGGAUGUCGAGAUGGACCCAGGACGACUACGAUGCGGCGUUGCGUGUGUUGCGGUAUGUGAAGGCUCGCCCGAGCCUCGGGGUGCAGUUCGACAAGGGCGGCGACCCCACACAGCUGGUGGGGUAUGCGGACGCGUCAUUUGCCGAUUUGGCCGACAGGCGAUCGACGUCUGGAUGGCUCUGGCUCUAUAUGGGAGGCAUCGUCAGCGCUCAGUCAAGGACGCAGCCGAGAGUGUCCACCUUAAUGGUGAAGGCCGAGUACAAGAGCGUCUCUGAGUGCGCCAAGGACGGCGAUGCCCUCGCCAACACCCUCAAGACCAUCAACGUGUCCGUGGCGCGGCCGCUGACGCUGUACAGCGAUGGGAUGGGGGCCUGCUACGUUGCGUCCAACAAAAAGGACAGCCGCCUGCUGCGGCAUGUGGAUGUGCGUUACCACCACGUGCGUGAGCUGGUGGGGGACGGGCUGCUGCGGGUGGUGCACAUCGCUGGAGCCGACAACCCGGCUGACAUCCUCACAAAGCCGAUGGACCGCGCCACUUUGGAGAAGCACCUGCGGACCCUGAAGAUGGUGCCGGUGCAGCCGAGCAGUGAGUGA